AUCAUGCAAGUUUUCAACGUUUAACAGUUCCAAAUAACUUAUCAAUCGUAUUGAGAGAAUCGCGUAGAAAGUGAUAUUGCGGAAAACAAGUACAAAGUUCUGUGUAUGUCUUGGCUUGGAUCGAACGAGUCGUGUACAGCAUAAUCGAAUGCUGCAGAACAUUCCGCAUACUUGAGGGAGUUUUCUAGUUUUAUCUCAUAGGUGAACUCAUACCAUGGAAUGAAGCAACCGAACAACAGUGAAGAAAACUUUCAGUUGCACGAUAGACUAAGUGCUGCAGAAUUACAAACAAUGGCAAUGAGGCAGCAACAGCAAAUCGACACACAGCAACAGAUGCUUGCUGCGAAAGAACAACGGUUGCGUUUUCUAAAGUCGCAGGAAACGCGAAGUGCUGUAUCUAUGGCCGAAGCUGAACGAUUACGCCGCUUAAGGGAGCGCGUUGAGGCACAGGAGUCGAAACUUCGACGUUUGCGAGCUUUACGUGGACAAGUUGAUUUGCAGAAAACUUAUAACGUCACACUCGGGAACGACCUGGAUUCGAUUCGCGCACUCUUUAGCGAAAAAGAAAAAGAACUAACCCUAGCAGUGGCUAAAGUAGAAGCCCUAACAAGGCAGCUGGAAGACCUGCGCCGUGACCGAAGAGGUGAAGCAGGAACCAAUGGUAACUUGAUUUCAUUUUUUCAUGCUCAAAAUCCAUCAAACGGUACAACUUCGCCAACCUCCAAAGAAUUAGAAAAGCUACGUCUGGAACUAGCAUACCGAAACCAACUCUCAUUGCAACAAAAUGCUCGUCUCAACAUGCAAAAGGAUGCAUUGCAACAACGUCAGGUGGAGCUACAUUCCGUUGACAAACGUAUAAUAGAACUUCAGAGUCGGAUCCAUAAAAAACGCACUCUUAAUGUUCAGCAUUACAAGAUUAACACAAAUAACAAUAACAGUGCAACUGCUCAGCAAAACAAUAAGUUGCCUACACCUGUAUUAAACAAUUUGCCACAUUCUCGAUCGUCCUCGGCGUAUAUAACUUCUUCACAUGCACGAGUCCUUGGUCGUGGUAAUGUUGUAGCAGUUGAGCCGUUCAAUCAUGUACCAGUAAAACAAACGUCACAAAAUAAUGGAUCCAUUUCGUCUUUUUCUACAUCUUUGGCGCCGUUUGAUAAAAUGAAUUCUGUAACCCAUGUCGGCAUUAAUCAAACCGAUAAUACACAACAACACCGUCAGCAUCAAAAUCAAACAGAGCAGCAACAGAUGAAACGUCAGCAGCAUUACCAGCGACAAAUGGAACAUGCUAUCAUGGCUGAAGUAGCAGAUGAAGGUAUCAUGCAAAAUGCAGAUAGUGACGAAAAAAAAAUCGCCGCGCGUGCUCAAAAUUUAAUUCAAGAGCAACAGCACCAUAAAGACACGUACUCUUCCCGUUGUUCGGAAAAUAAGGCCUCCAAGACACAUACUGCUGAGAAAAAUACUGGCAUGAAUUCUGCAAUGGGAAAAGUAAUUAGCAAAGAACUUGAAUUGCUUGCACAAACGCAAGACUACGAAUUGGAACACAACUAUUCAGCAAAAUACGAAAAUGCUCAGAUUGCUUUUGCUGAAUCGUAUUGUGACGACAAACAGGAACUAAAUUUGGAUUGUGCUAAAUUAGGAAAAGAAUCACAACCUACAAGCGCAGCUGUAAUGGAAAUUCCACUAAGUAUAGGCAAAACACAUGUCAGUUGUAAUACUACUGUGGUGGAUGAUAAUAGUGACCAACAAGUGUGUAAAAUAACACACAAAACAUCAGGUAAACCGAUGAAAAACUUUCUUCAAAACAUUCCUUUGGGAAAUUUGGUAGUUCCACCUAGGAAACCAGUGAAUAGUGUUGCUCCAACGCUAGCUAUGAACACAUCAAUAUUUUCGUACUCAAAUAAUGCUGCUGGCGAUAAAAAAUCUGGCAUUGCCAGAAAAAUGGUUUCCGGGAGAAAUGUAUCUAGCUCAAAUGGUUCGGAUAAAAAGCCCUUAAAUAUGAUAAACACCCGACCUGCGCUUCCUCCUAAACCAAACAAAACAAAUACGAAUUCCAAUACGAAUAUUGAAAAUACCUCCGAACAUACGGUCACACCUACAGAAUGUCCUGGACUCGAUGAUAACGAUGCAAUACCUACUAGUUUCCCGGAUGUAGGCUCCUUAAACAGCGUAAUCAAGUCAACUAUGAGUGACAAACAACCAAUCAAAGCAAAACCUCUUACGAUUAGGAAGCAACCAUUUCUUGAACAACCAAAAUUGAGAACUGUAACGGGAUCAUCCACAUCGAAUAAUAGUGGCUGUGCUCCUGUUGCAGGCAAGUUGGCAUUCAUAACAACGUCUGGUUCUGCUAAAAACAUCUCGCAUCAGCAUUUUCAACAAACAAGUAAAUGGAAUGAGACAUUUAACAACAAUAGCAAUGAUGGAAACAAAGUUAAUUUUCUUAAUUACGACGCAGAAGAUGAUGAAGAGAACGAAUCUGUUUGCACUAAAAAGAAUAACGAUGACGUUGCUGAAGCUAGUGUUCGCCCGACAGAAAGGGUUAAAAGCCAAAAAGUGGCUGGUGUCAGCGCCCCAACAGAUGAAGAUGAAAACACGGUGGUCAGAAAAAAGCGCAGCCUUGUCUCACCCCAUACUAAGUUUGAAACACCAGGCGAUAAUUUGGAAGUACUGACGUCAUGGCAGGCAGGUUCGACGACCGGAUUUAGUGACGGAGUCCGACAUAAAUUAGCCCGUCGUGUGAGUUUCGAUCCUUUGGCACUGCUAUUGGAUGCCAGCUUGGAAGGAGAACUUGAAUUAGUUGAAAAAACUGCUAUGCAGGUAACGAACCCAAGCGCAGCCAAUGAUGAAGGAAUCACGGCUUUGCAUAAUGCAAUCUGUGCCGGGCACUUUGAAAUAGUUAAGUUUCUGGUGAGUUUUGGAUGCGAUGUAAAUGCCCAAGACUCUGAUGGAUGGACUCCAUUGCAUUGUGCCGCCAGUUGCAAUAAUUUGCCAAUGGUAAAGUUUCUAGUAGAAUCAGGUGCUUGUUUGUUUGCAUCAACUUUAUCUGACCACGAAACACCUGCUGAAAAGUGUGAAGAGGAUGAGGAAGGUUUUGAUGGCUGUUCAGAGUACCUUUAUAGCAUUCAGGAAAAAUUGGGCAUAUUGAACAAUGGUGAAGUUUUUGCUGUAUUUUCAUACGAGUCUCAACAACCCGAUGAGUUGAGCUUCUGCAUAAAUGAUAAGCUAAUUAUUAUACGAAAAGGUGAUGAAACUGAACGGGAAUGGUGGUGGGCUCGAGAUAUCACUUCGAAAGAAGGAUACGUUCCGAAAAAUUUGUUAGGGUUACAACCACGUUUGGCACCACCAUCAUGUAUGGAUGAUAAACACUAAAAACAUUUAGAGGGAUUCAAGAUUUUGUUAUGUUGAAAAAUAUUUUCCAUCGUCCAUUAAUAAAUUGCAUAAAUAUGUACUAAAAA